AUGUUCUUCUAUACACGUUAUCCAAGUUCAUCAGUAUUGAAAAUUUAUUUUCCUGAUGUGCGUUUCAAUAAAUUAAUAACAGCACAAUUAGUUAAAUGGUUUUCAAAUUUUCGUGAAUUUUUUUAUAUUCAAAUUGAAAAAUAUUCACGACAAUAUUUAGCUGAAGGCAUACGAAAUAUUGAAGAUUUAAUAAUAACAACUGAUUCGGAUUUAUAUCGUGUGCUUAAUCUUCAUUAUAAUCGAUCCAAUCAAAUUGAUGUUCCAAUUAGUUUUCGUGAUGUUGUACAAUCAACAUUAAGAGAAUUUUUUCAUGCGAUACAACAACAAAAAGAUCUUGAACCAUCAUGGAAAAAAAGUAUCUAUAAAAUUAUUCAACGGUUAGAUGAUCAAAUACCGGAAUUUUUUAAAGAUGAACAUUGGAUGCAUUCUAUAUGA